GUGUCUACAAUUGGUCUUUCUGAGACCCUCUUUCGACUCCCACUGAGCUCCAUGUGGGACAUCAGCUUCUUGCGCAAACCCACUCGCAGGCUGGCGGGUUUAACAAUGUUUGUAUUUGCUAUCGGAGUGCUUGUACUGCUAAACCCCUUCAUGUCGAAUUACAAGCUUCUGGUCAUCAACAGCGCCAUCUUGGGUGUAGCCACUGCCGGAUACAUGGUAACGUCCUUCAUCGUUCUGCUAGACCUGUCUGGUGUAGAUCUGUAUAAGGACGCGCUAGCAGCGAGGCUUUCUAUCAGUGCAAUUGCCUCCUUCGCCGGUCCUCCAAUUGUAGGUUGGUUGCUGGAUUUAACUGGAAACACAGAGAUGUCCUUCUACUUCAUGGGUACUAGCUGCAUGCUGUGUGUAGUCAUCCUAUGUGGCUUACUAUAUCGGCUCAUCAGGAAAACCGCUGUUGAUGUCUCAGCGCCCACCCAAGUCAGCAUCGUUGCGUUAGUGGAGGAAGAACAAGAAGGGGAUAAAUGCGACGACACCAUCAUUGAGUACAUGUAACAGCAUGCUCUACGUACGCUCAUGAUCAGUGUAUGAUGAUGAUCAGAUAUAAUAGUGAAUCUAACGAGAGCCAUAGCGAUCCUCGAUUUCCCCCACGCCUGCAAGAACUGAUGGUCGGCCAUUUUGUGAAUUCAGAAAGAUGACUAUAAGUAUAUU